UGCUCGCCAUUGUAGACUCCCCCGCUCACUGUUAAUAAUAAUAAUAAUAAUUAUUAAUAAAGAUAACAAAAGAAAUCAAUCGAUUCUCUCUUCGAUGUUUUCUAUUUCCUUCUCAAUUUAGUUGAUUAAUCUUCAGUUUUAGAUCUCAGAUCCAAAGGUUCUUUGAAGGAAGAGUCGAUGGAGAGCUUAGCUCAACUAGAAGCAUUGUGUGAGAGGCUGUAUAAUUCUCAGGAUUCGGCGGAGAGAGCUCACGCGGAGAACACUCUGAAAUGCUUCUCGAUGAACACCGAUUACAUCUCUCAAUGCCAGUACAUUCUUGAUAAUGCAUUGACGCCUUAUGCAUUGAUGCUCGCUAGUUCUAGUCUGCUAAAGCAAGUUACCGAGCAUAGCCUCUCGCUACAGCUCCGUCUAGAUAUUCGUUAUUAUCUUGUUAACUAUCUCGCUACCAGAGGACCUGAGUUGCAGCCCUUUGUUAUCGCAUCUCUAAUCCAGCUUUUGUGUCGAGUCACCAAGUUUGGAUGGUUUGAUGAUGAUAGAUUUAGAGAAGUGGUUAAGGAGUCUACAAACUUCUUGAGUCAGGCGACAUCUGAUCACUAUGCUAUUGGUUUGAAGAUAUUGAAUCAACUUGUCUCUGAGAUGAAUCAGCCCAAUACAGGGUUGCCUUCAACGCAUCAUCGAAGGGUAGCCUGCUCCUUUAGGGAUCAGUCACUUUAUCAGAUAUUCCAGAUAUCUUUAACCUCGCUUCGCCAAUUGAAAAAUGAUGUUGCAAGUAGAUUGCAAGAGUUGGCACUUUCUCUUGCUCUUAAAUGCUUAUCUUUUGAUUUUGUCGGGACAUCAAUUGAUGAAAGUUCGGAGGAAUUUGGUACUGUUCAGAUUCCAUCAUCUUGGAGGCCGGUUUUAGAGGAUCCAUCAACGUUGCAGAUAUUCUUUGAUUACUAUGCUAUUACAACAUCUCCUCUUUCGAAGGAGGCAUUGGAGUGUUUAGUCCGGCUAGCAUCUGUACGUCGUUCUUUGUUCACAAAUGAUGCUGCUCGUUCUAAGUUUUUGGCACAUUUAAUGACAGGAACCAAAGAAAUCCUACAAACAGGACAAGGUCUUGCUGAUCGUGAUAAUUACCAUGAGUAUUGCCGUCUUCUUGGACGUUUCAGAGUGAAUUAUCAGUUGUCGGAGCUUGUGAAUGUAGAAGGCUAUGGUGAUUGGAUACAAUUAGUAGCAGAGUUCACUUUAAAGUCUUUGCAAUCUUGGCAGUGGGCCAGCAGUAGUGUAUACUACCUUUUAGGGCUAUGGUCCAGAUUAGUGACAUCAGUACCAUAUUUGAAAGGUGAUGCACCAAGCUUGCUUGAUGAAUUUGUGCCCAAAAUUACUGAAGGCUUUAUUACGUCGAGGUUUAACUCUGUGCAGUCUGGAUUCCCAGAUGAUCUCUCUGACGAUCCAUUAGACAAUGUUGAACUCCUUCAGGAUCAGCUAGAUUGCUUUCCUUAUCUUUGUAGAUUCCAGUAUGAAAGCAGUGGAUUAUAUUUAAUAAACACAGUGGAGCCUAUUCUGCAAUCAUACACGGAAAAAGCAAGUGUGCAGACCACUGACGGGGAUGAACUCUCUGUUAUUGAGGCAAAGCUUGCUUGGAUUGUUCAUGUUAUUGCAGCUAUUCUUAAAAUCAAACAAUCGACUGGCUGUAGUGCGGAGUCACAAGAAAUGCUUGAUGCAGAACUUUCAGCUCGUGUUUUGCAGUUAAUAAAUGUCACUGACAGUGGACUACAUAGCCAGAGAUAUGGCAAACGGAGUAAGCAAAGACUUGAUCGAGCAAUUCUCACCUUCUUUCAGCAUUUUCGAAAGUCUUAUGUGGGCGAUCAGGCUGUGCACUCAUCCAAGCAGUUAUAUUCGCGGUUGUCUGAGCUUCUUGGACUACAUGAUCAUCUGGUGUUAUUAAAUGUGAUUGUUGGGAAGAUUGCUACUAAUCUGAAGUGUUACACACAGAGUGAGGAAGUCAUUGAUCACACAUUAAAUUUAUUUUUGGAGUUGGCAUCUGGCUAUAUGACUGGGAAGUUGCUACUCAAGUUGGAUGCUAUUAAAUUUAUAGUCGCUAACCAUACUAGGGAGCACUUUCCUUUUCUAGAAGAAUAUAGAUGCACGCGUAGCAGAACAACAUUCUAUUACACUAUCGGUUGGUUAAUAUUUAUGGAUGACAGCCCAGUGAAAUUCAAGUCUUCAAUGGAACCACUUUUGCAAGUUUUUAUCAGUUUGGAAUCAACACCUGAUUCAAUGUUUCGAACUGAUGUGGUGAAGUACGCUGUAAUUGGGUUGAUGAGGGAUCUUAGAGGAAUUGCUAUGGCUACAAAUAGUCGCAGAACUUAUGGGCUUUUAUUUGAUUGGCUGUACCCUGCUCAUUUGCCACUUCUGUUAAGAGGCAUCUCACAUUGGGCAGAUACACCAGAGGUUACUACACCAUUGUUGAAAUUCAUGGCUGAAUUUGUGUUAAAUAAAGCCCAACGUUUAACUUUUGAUUCUUCUUCUCCUAAUGGCAUUCUUCUUUUCCGGGAGGUCAGUAAACUUAUUGUAGCCUAUGGCACCAGGAUCUUAGCUCUUCCAAAUGCUGCUGAUAUAUAUGCCUACAAAUACAAGGGAAUAUGGAUUUGUUUAACUAUUCUCUCUAGAGCUCUUGCGGGAAACUAUGUCAACUUUGGUGUGUUUGAACUGUAUGGUGAUAGAGCCCUUGCUGAUGUACUUGAUAUUGCUCUAAAGAUGACACUAUCAAUUCCUCUAGCUGAUAUAUUGGCAUAUCGGAAGUUGACAAGGGCUUAUUUUGCAUUCUUGGAGGUUCUGUUCAGCAGCCAUAUUGUUUUUAUAUUGAAUCUGGACACAAACACCUUCAUGCAUAUAGUUGGCUCUCUUGAAUCUGGUCUUAAAGGUUUGGAUACAAAUAUCUCAUCCCAGUGUGCAUCUGCUGUUGAUAAUUUGGCUGCUUUCUAUUUCAACAACAUCACAAUGGGGGAGGCACCCACUUCACCUGCUGCAAUUAAUCUUGCUCGACAUAUUGCAGAUUGCCCCAACUUAUUUCCAGAAAUACUGAAGACCCUGUUUGAGAUUGUUCUAUUUGAGGAUUGUGGCAACCAAUGGAGUCUCAGUAGACCGAUGCUUAGCUUAAUUCUUAUUAGUGAGCAGAUAUUCUCUGACUUGAAAGCUCAAAUUUUAACUUCACAGCCAGUGGAUCAACAUCAACGGCUUUCCCUUUGUUUUGACAAACUGAUGGCUGAUGUUACUCGAAGCCUGGAUUCAAAGAACAGGGACAGGUUUACUCAGAAUCUGACUGUUUUCAGGCAUGAAUUUCGUGUCAAAUAGCUCCAAGGUGAGGGAUGGCUGCUCGUUUUGAUGACUGGACUGUAUCUCUGGAGGAUGUUUGUUUGAAGAAUCCCAAGUACCAGACAUUGAUUGACUCAUAGAUAUGGCCUCUGUUUGCUCUUGGAGAGAAGUAUCCUUUUGAGGCAGUAUCUAUGUUAUGUUGUCCGAAUCACUGUGAAGCAGAUUUCUAGAGAAGAUAGAAGGGUUGUUAUGGAGGAAGAAGUUGUAUGAACUUUUUCUUUUUAGUGUACAGAUUUCUCUUUCUUUUCUGAAAUUCUUGUUCGAAAGAGAAGAUGCUAGAAACAUUAGAUGGUAUGUUAUGACAAGAGGAUUACCGAAAGGCUUGCAAAAGCUACUAGUGGGUUUGAUGAUAGUUCAUGUUUUUAUAGAGAUGAUUCUUUCCAGAACAAAGAUGUACAUCAAUCAUUCAUGAGGUUUGUGUUUUAGAGGUGGGUCAGAAGCAAAAAAUUUUGUACAUUAACCUCACAAAUUCUUUGUAUUUGUUGAUAAUAGAGAUAAAAAAAAAUGAAAUUUUAGUUUGC